AUUGCCCUCACUGUGGAUUAAGGCAUUGGCAUCUGUAUUAUGUUGACUGUAGAUCAAACCAACCGGAUCUCAGUGACGGAGUACCUGUGGAUUAGCACCAUGUGGAAUACAUUACAGGAAAGGCAUUAACUGUGAGGACAACUGAGGGAAUUCGACAAAGACCAGGAAGUGGCAGGAGCUUGCAGCUAGUCUCUUUUGUUUCCCCACACAUUUUCAAAGCCCAGAAAACUGCCAGGCUACUAAUGAGUAAGUCGAUGUGUGGCUGUGGCUGCAGCAUCAUCUCCUCUCUAAUGAAGAGACUGGGCCGCACAGCUUGCUGCUCAGAUUUCCUCUCCUGCAGCCAUACUUCAGAGCAGCUGCAGCGACUGGCCGCUGGCUGCCCACCUCAACCAAAGAAUGUCAAACCCUUCUCUUCCUCAGACAGCCUAGUGAAGGUCCAGGAGGUAGCAAGCUGGCUUUUGGAAAUGAACCAGGAUCUGCUGUCGGGGGGCAGCAGCAGCAGGCGGAGUCGGGGGCCGGGGGGUCCGGCAGUGCGAGGUAACGCCUCCUCCACAGCCCGGGCACCCCAGCAGGCUGCAGAGGAGGGUGACGACGAUGAGCACAUGAAUCGGGUAGUAGAAGAGGAAGGGCAGCUGCAGCAAAGGCCUGAGGCGUCGCAGGUUGAUGGCGAGAGAGGACAGCCAUGGGCGCCCAGCGAAUCGGGAGCCAGCAACGGCCCUCGCGGGGAUGAGGAAGGGGAAGAUGAUGAAGAGGCCCCACCAAACGAAGUGAACGGAGGGGAGAAAGGAGCCCGAUGGAUGUGGGGGGCACAGCAGAGACGACUGCGAGGUCAGCCGCUGGGCGAAGAAGAGGAGGAGGAGGAAGAGGAGGAGAACAACAACCACAGCAGCCACCAAGAAGAGGAGGAGGCAGAGGAGAGGACACAGGAAGGGGAGGAGCAGGGCAGGGAGGAAGAGGAGAGAGAAGAGGGUGAGGAGGAAGAGGAGGAUGAAGAUGAGGAAGAGAUGGACCAGGACAGUGAUGACUUUGAGCAUUCAGCAGAAAGUGGGAGGGAGGAGGAAGAGGAUGAGGAAGCAGAAGUGGAGGAAGGGCUACGGUCUCCCUCUCUCAGGAACAAUACGUCUGCCCCCAAUAACAACCUGGACUCUGGUUGUACACACCAAAGCUCUUCCAACAAGAAGAUGAAGAGAAAGUUGGACCAUGGCCCCGAGGUCCGAUCUUUCCCUUCAGGAAAAAAGCCCUGCAAAGGCCCAGAGUAUCCAAGCCCGACGGGAAUUGUCCCAUGUCCGGCCACACCCACCACAUUUGGCCACAUCAGAACAGCCAAUGGUCAGGGGCAACAGAGGCGGCGUAUCACCUCAAUCCAGCCACCCACGGGUCUCCAAGAAUGGCUCCGAACAUUUCAGAGCUGGACGGGCCCAGAGAAGCUGCUGGCGCUGGAUGAGUUGAUUGACAGCUGUGAGCCCACACAAGUCAAGCAUAUGAUGCAGGUGAUAGAGCCGCAGUUCCAGCGAGACUUUAUCUCCCUGCUGCCCAAAGAGCUGGCUUUGUAUGUGCUGUCAUUCCUGGAACCGAAGGACCUCCUCCAAGCAGCCCAGACGUGCCGCUACUGGCGCAUCCUGGCAGAAGACAACCUGCUGUGGAGGGAGAAAUGCAGGGAGGAAGGCAUUGAUGAGCCUCUGCUCGUCAAGAAGAGGAAAACUGUCAAGCCUGGCUUCACUCACAGCCCCUGGAAGUGCGCCUACAUCAGGCAGCACAGAAUAGACACUAACUGGAGGAGAGGAGACCUCAAAUCACCCAAGGUGCUGAAAGGUCACGAUGACCACGUGAUCACCUGCCUCCAGUUCUGUGGCAACCGUAUUGUCAGCGGCUCUGAUGACAACACGCUCAAAGUCUGGUCGGCUAUCACAGGAAAGUGUCUGCGGACAUUGGUGGGCCACACAGGGGGUGUGUGGUCAUCCCAGAUGCGAGACAACAUUAUUAUCAGCGGCUCCACGGAUCGCACACUCAAGGUCUGGAACGCAGAGACAGGAGAAUGUAUCCACACCCUCUAUGGGCAUACCUCAACAGUGCGCUGCAUGCACCUACAUGAGAAAAGGGUGGUCAGUGGCUCUCGUGACGCCACGCUGCGCGUCUGGGACAUUGAGUCAGGUCAGUGUUUACACGUCCUCAUGGGCCACGUGGCGGCAGUGCGCUGUGUCCAGUACGACGGGCGCCGUGUGGUCAGCGGUGCCUAUGACUUCAUGGUCAAAGUUUGGGACCCAGAGACAGAGACCUGCCUCCACACGCUGCAGGGCCACACCAAUAGAGUAUACUCAUUACAGUUUGAUGGGAUUCAUGUGGUGAGGGACACGUCUAUAAGGGUCUGGGACGUGGAGACAGGCAACUGCAUCCACACGCUAACAGGGCAUCAGUCCCUCACCAGCGGCAUGGAGCUAAAAGACAACAUCCUGGUCUCGGGCAACGCGGAUUCCACUGUCAAGAUCUGGGACAUCAAGACGGGCCAGUGCCUGCAGACACUGCAAGGUCCCCACAAGCACCAGAGCGCUGUGACGUGCCUCCAGUUCAACAAGAACUUUGUCAUCACCAGCUCAGACGAUGGCACUGUUAAGCUGUGGGACCUGAAGACAGGCGAGUUCAUCCGUAACCUGGUUACGCUUGAGAGUGGCGGCAGCGGCGGUGUGGUGUGGCGCAUCCGGGCCUCCAACACCAAGCUGGUGUGUGCAGUCGGCAGCCGCAACGGCACAGAGGAGACCAAGCUGCUGGUGCUUGACUUUGAUGUGGACUUGAAGUGAGAAGAGACUUGGUAGGGAAGGACAAAGAGAAACCGCAGAGAGGAAGGAAUAGAGUGGGAAUGGGAGAUAUGGCGCCUAGAAACCAGAGGGCCAGUGCUCAGAACUCUUCACCUAAGCUCGCAAAAUCUACAACCACCACCACUAACAGUGGGCUGUCCUGUCCUCGACCAUUAUCUUCCCCGUCCCUGUUUUGGGUAAAUGUUACUGACAAAGCCACAGACCCUCACGUGUGUUCAGCCCCUGCUUUCGAACCCCUACCACCAGUACGAGGUGUAGUCAGAGGGGAUCGGGCUGGAAACAGGGCAGGGGGCCACAACCAGUAUGUCCCUUGAUUUCCAGGGAGAAAUAAGAGUGGAACAAACGAACGACUGAUGAUAACUGAACUGGUAUGAAGUGACCUCCAACCUCUCAGUUUGGGGUGAGCUUCACACAGAGACUUGGUUCCUUCAAGCCUGACAGAUACGGAGAUGUACAGAAAUACAUUAUUUUUUAAAGACC